UUUCCGUCGCGUGGAUCUUGAACAUACAGCACAGAGCACACGCGCGCUUUGUAUAUAAAUACAGCUCUAUACCGGCCGUAUUUCUCAGCUGCGAGCAUAUCAGUCCAUUUUUCUUGCACGUUAGUACUGCGUACAAGUCAACAAUGGCGGAGAGAUCCAUAAUCCUUGCAGCACACUUUGUUCUUGUCCCGCUCAUCGGGCAGGGCCACACCAUUCCCAUGUCGGACCUUGCCUGCCUCCUCGCGGGACGCGGUGCGAGAGUGAGCCUCGUCGCCACGCCCGCCAACGCCGCGCGCCUGCAGGGGGUAGCUGACAUGGCGCGGCGCGAUAUGCUGCGCCUCGAGAUAGUCGAGCUCCCGUUCCCGCCGGCCGACGACGGUCUGCCCCCUGGCAGCACCGCGAGCAUCGACAGCUUCCUCCGGUUGUUCCUGGACCUCUACAGGCUCGCCGGGCCGCUCGAGGCCUACUUGCAAGCGCUGCCGCGGCGCCCCAGCUGCAUCAUUUCCGAUGCCUGCAACCCGUGGACGGCCGGCGUCGCAAGGAGCGUCGGGGUCCCGCGCCUCUUCUUCCACGUACCUUCCAUCUUCUACUCGCUGUGCGACCUGAACGUCGCAAAGUAUGGGAAGGGCGACCACGACGCGUCGUACGUCGUGCCGGGCAUGCCGGUGCGCGUAGAGAUGACCAAGGAGACAUGGUCGUCCUCCUUCUUUACCACGCCUGAGUGGGAGGAGUUCACGAAGGAUGCGCGGGAGGCCAUGCGCACAGCGGACGGCGCCGUGAUGAACACCUUCCUGGACCUCGAGCAACAGUUCGUCGCGUCCUACGAGGCGGCACUGGGCAAGCCUGUGUGGGCGCUCGGGCCUUUCUGCCUCCGUAACCGGCAGGACGAGGAGGCCGUCCACCAGAGCGCGGUCACCGCUUGGCUCGACAAGAUGGACCAGAGCACGGUCAUUUAUGUCAAUUUCGGCAGCCUCGUGCGGAUGCCUCCCAAGCAGCUGUACGAGGUCGGACACGGCCUCGAGGACUCUGGGAAGCCGUUCCUUUGGGUGGUGAAGGAGUCCGAGACGGCCUUGCCAGAAGCACAAGAGUGGCUCCAAGCCCUGGAGGCACGAACGAUAGGGCAGGGGCUCGUACUGCGUGGCUGGGCGCCUCAGCUCGCCAUCAUGUCGCACCGCGCGGUAGGCGGCUUCGUGACCCACUGCGGGUGGAACUCCUUGCUGGAGUCCGUCGCGCACGGCGUGCCUGUCGUGACGUGGCCGCACUCCGGCGAUCAGUUCCUCAACGAGAGGCUGGCCGUGGAAAUACUUGGUGUCGGCGUGCCCGUGACGCCGUCCGGUAACGACAAGGCCGUGGUGCGGGGGCACAUUGCGCGAGCGGUGUCGGAGCUGAUGGGCGAUGGGGCGGUGGCGGAGGAGAGGAGGACAAAGUGCAAGGACUACGGGGAGAAAGCUCAUGCAGCCGUGGUGGAAGGGGGAUCGUCGCAUCAAAACCUGACGAGGCUAUUACAGACCUUCAUGCGGAGUGACAACAAGGAACUGUAGAUUAUCCAAGGUUCGGUUUUGUCACUAUAUGUAGGAGUAGCAUAUAAGCCAUGCAUUGUGAGUUAUGUUAACGACUAGGUCGUUAUUUCAGCUUUCACCUAGACUGGCUCAUCGCCGUGAUUUCUU